UUGUGUUGUCACUAAUUAAAUGAUCGCAGAUCGGAGAGUGUUAACCUGAGAGAGAUGAAUUGAGGGUUUUCUUUAGCAACGGUGGGACGGACGGGUUUCUACCGGCGCGCCUCACAGCCAUGGCAUGGUUAUGCAUCUUAACUUUGGCCGUCAGUGUUCACGUGAACAAAGUACUGGCUGGGCCACGCUUCUCUCAGGAGCCAGCAGAUCAGUCGGUGGUGUUGGGGGAGCGGGUUGUACUCUCCUGUGUGGUGUUUAACUACACAGGCAUCGUCCAGUGGACCAAAGAUGGACUCGCUCUUGGCAUUGGAGAAGACCUUAGGGCAUGGCCACGUUAUCGUGUAUUAAGAAUCAUUGACGUGGGUCAGUAUAACCUGGAGAUUUCGUCAGCUGAGCUGUCAGAUGAUUCUCUGUAUGAGUGUCAAGCCACUGAAGCGGCUCUACGAUCCAGAAGAGCCAAACUCACCGUCCUCAUUCCCCCAGAGGAUCCAGUAAUAGAAGGUGCUCCAGAGAUUUUGUUGACAGCAGGAAUCUCAUACAACCUGACAUGUGUGUCCCGAGGGGCCAAACCACUCUCCACCAUUGAGUGGUACAAGGAUGGGGUUAUAGUGGAAGGAGCUCAUACUAGCACUGAGGUUUUACCUGACAGGAAACGAGUAACCACACGCAGUUUCCUGCCUAUUCAGCCAGUAGACACAGACACUGGACACAACUUCACCUGUAUCGCCUCCAAUCUGGCUGUGCCACUGGGCAAACGAGCCAGCGUCACACUCAAUGUGCACCAUGCUCCAACAGUUUUAUUAUCGAUUGAGCCUCGUUCAGUUCUAGAGGGAGAAAGAGUAACAUUUACAUGCCAAGCUACAGCCAACCCACCUAUCAUGGGAUACAGGUGGGCUAAAGGUGGAGUAAUCCUGGAGGGAGCGAGGGAGAGCGUGUUCGUGACUACUGCAGAUCACUCAUUCUUCACUGAGCCUGUUUCAUGCCAGGUGUUCAACGCUGUGGGCAGCACCAACGUCAGCAUACUGGUGGAUGUACACUUUGGUCCAAUCCUGGUAGUGGAACCGAGGCCUGUAACGGUGGAUGUGGACUCUGAUGUUACACUGAACUGUAAAUGGGCAGGAAAUCCUCCUCUUACUCUCACCUGGACAAAAAAGGGCUCCAGCAUGGUUCUCAGUAAUAAUAAUCAGUUGUAUUUGAAGUCAGUAAGUCAGGCUGAUGCAGGACAGUAUGUGUGUAAAGCCAUUGUACCCAGGAUUGGGGUUGGGGAGACAGAGGUCACACUGACGGUCAAUGGUCCACCAAUUAUUUCAAGUGAACCAGUUCAGUAUGCUGUAAGAGGUGAGAAGGGCGAUAUCAAAUGCUACAUUGCGAGCACACCUCCUCCUGACAAAAUUGUAUGGGCCUGGAAAGAGAAUGUGUGGGAGAAAGACAGAGGCACUCUCUCUGAGAGAUACACAGUAGAGCAGAGCAAGCCAGCAUCAGAAGGGGGUGCUGUGCUCUCCACUCUCACCAUAAAUAAUGUGAUAGAGUCAGACUUUCAAUCUACAUACAACUGCACAGCCUGGAACUCAUUUGGACCUGGCACCAUGAUCAUUACACUGGCAGAGAGAGACAUUGUCCCUGUGGGUAUAAUAGCUGGUGGAAUAGUCGGUUCCUCCAUACUGCUGAUUCUGUUCUUGCUUGCCCUGGCCUUCUACUUCUACCGGCAACGAAAAGCCAGUCGUCGAGGGGUUGCACUGAAGCCUGAUAUCAAAGUCGAGACAGUAAACAAGGAGACCCCAAACCUAGAGGAAGAUACAGCAGUUGUCUCUACAGCAUCUCGCAUGUUUCUUCCCUCUGUCUCCCUCUCUCCCUCCACUCAGCCUUUCAAAGAGGAAACGGACCUGAAGCAUGAGACACGCAGUGAAACACUGGAGACCAAGGAAGAUUAUGAGCUGAAGGACCCAACAAACGGCUAUUACAAUGUGCGAGCAACGACCCAUGAUGAAGGGCGCUCCACGGCACGCUACCAGGAAUUCCGCCCACCAAAUCCAGCUUCAGUCUCUUCUGCAGCAAGCUCAGCACCCAAUAUUAAUCCUGCUCCCAUUGGCCGCUAUGAACCACGCCCACCAUCUCGGAUUACACACAACACGUACGCCCACUUCAGCACCAUUGCCAGGACCAAACAAAGUCAGGGUCCACCCAAAGCAGCACUUCAGACCACAGACUAUUCCAGAGAAUGUGGCCUCCUGGAAUCAACCAAUCAGCUCACUUAUGACACGUAUGGAUACCAAAACACUGCGCAAUAUGCUCAGUACAGGCUUGGCUUUGCUCCACCACUUGAGGAAGGACCAGCGUAUGAGAUGUUUCCAACAGGACAGGGGCCAAGUCAAGGUGUAGGGCCAGAUGCUGGACUGGGGAAGUAUGGGAGCUCAACACGUUUCUCCUAUUCUUCUCCACCUACAGAAUACUCUCAGAGACACACGCAGAGGAUGCAAACACAUGUAUGAGAGUGGAACAGGACACCCAUAUUGGACUUAAAAUUGUGGUUAAUCAAAAGUUAGAUUCACAGAUUAGUGUAGCUAUCUCACAGUCACACAUACACACACAGACGUGUGCACACACAUUGUAUUUUGUACUGUAAUGUCUUCAUUGUGUGCCAUCAAUACAGUGCCAAACCAAGAUUAAAUAUGAAAUGCAAAGAUAAAAUAUAGAAAGGUUAAAGGGAUACAUUCACUACUUCCUAUCCAUUUAUAUAUUCUCUCCUAUAUUAUCCCUUUAUCCUAUUUCACUCUUCCUGUCACCAUAUGUAAAUAUAUCUGAAAGAAACAUUAACAAA